GUCAUACUUUCUCAAUUGAUUUUUUUAUUGUAUCCAUUAUGCGCACAUGAAUAAAAUUGUAGGCACUCGAAAUCAAAGCGUUGGUUUUCAAAGGUUGACAAAUUCCCACCAAACUCUACUUGUGAUUGUUGAUCGGAGGGGCAUUAGCAUAGCAGCAGUUGUGUGUCAACUUGGAGAUGAUUUGGAGAGGAUACAUAUUGGCCCUCAGCUUCUGCUGUUGUUGUCUCCUGCUCCUUGUUGCACCUGCACCUGCUCCCAUUACCCAUCCUUCCGAAGUUAGCGCAUUACUAGCAGUGAAGAAGCAAUUGGUUGAUCCAAAGAACAAUGUCAGAAAUUGGGACAAAGGGGAUCCUUGCACAUCCAACUGGACUGGAAUUCUAUGUUUUCAUAAUCUUGGGAAGGAUGGAUAUUUGCAUGUUCAGGAACUUCAGCUACUAAAUAUGAAUCUCUCUGGAACUUUAGCGCCUGAACUUGGCCAACUUUCUCACCUCAAAAUACUAGAUUUCAUGUGGAAUGAAUUGACUGGUAGUAUACCGAAGGAGAUAGGACAUAUCUCUACCUUAAGACUCCUACUCUUGAACGGAAACAAAUUAUAUGGUUCUUUGCCAGAUGAACUUGGCUACCUCUCAAAUCUGAGUAGACUUCAACUAGAUCAGAACAACAUUUCUGGUCAAAUACCGAAAACCUUUGCCAACAUGAGCAGUGUGAGACACCUCCACCUCAACAACAACUCCCUUGCAGGCCAAAUUCCUCCAGAGUUAUCUCAGAUAUUCACUUUGCUUCACUUGCUUUUGGAUAAUAAUAACUUAUCUGGAUAUCUUCCUCCAGAAUUCUCGAACUUGCCAAACUUGCGCAUUCUUCAGCUCGAUAACAAUGACUUCAGUGGAUCUGUUAUUCCAGCUUCUUACAGGAACUUUUCUAGAUUAGUGAAAUUAAGUCUCAGAAAUUGCAGUUUGCAGGGAGCUGUUCCUGAUCUUAGCAGGAUCCCAAGCCUUAGCUAUCUGGAUCUCAGCCGGAACCAUCUUGCUGGACCCAUACCUGAAAAUAAGCUUUCAGAGAAUAUGACAACCAUUGAUCUUUCAGAUAACCAGCUAAAAGGAUCUAUCCCUGGAAGUUUCUCAGACCUUCAUUCACUUCAGAAACUAUCACUCAAGAAUAAUUUUCUGACAGGUCCUGUUCCUACCAACAUUUGGCAGAACAUGUCCUUCAGUACUAGCGCUAGACUUAAGCUAGAUCUUAGAAACAAUUCAUUCUCAAGCAUUCAAGGACAUCUAAAUCCUCCAGUGAAUGUUACCUUGGGGCUUGAAGGCAAUCCUGUCUGCAAAAAUGCGAACUUAUUGAAUGUAAACCUGUUCUGUGGAUCUGAGCCUCGAGAGGAUAAGAUGCUUACAAACUUAAAUUACUCAACAGCGAAUUGCCCAAUUCAAGCAUGCCCCACAGACAAUUUCUAUGAAUAUGUCCCAGCGUCUCCUCUGCCGUGUUUCUGUGCCGCACCUCUCAGAAUUGGAUAUCGUCUGAAGAGCCCUAGUUUUUCUUAUUUUCCUCCAUACAUCCAGCCUUUGGAGGUGUAUUUGACUAGUUCAUUGAAAUUAAGCCGAUAUCAACUGUCAAUUGACACAUAUUCUUGGGAGAAAGGACCACGUCUAAGGAUGUACUUGAAGCUUUUUCCUAGCCUCAAUGUUAACCACUCCAGUACUUUUAAUGUGAGCGAAGUUCAGAGAAUCAGACACAUAUAUACAUCAUGGACUUUUCCUGGUAGUGCCUUGUUUGGACCCUAUGAGUUGCUCAAUUUCACUCUACUCGGACCUUAUGCAGAUAUGAAGUUUGAGAAUGAAAAUCAAGGUAUUAGUAAGGGUAUUUUGGUAGCCGUUGCGGUCGGGGGUGUUGCCUGUGCAGUUGCAAUGUCUGUUAUAAUAACAAUUCUAAUAACAAGAAGAUACGCAGGAAACCACCAUGCAAUGUCAAGAAAACGUUUGUCUACAAAGGUUUCUAUGAGACUUGGUGGGGUGAAAUACUUUACAUUUAAAGAAAUGGCACUUGCUACUGACAACUUUAACAGCUCAAGUCAAGUUGGUCAAGGAGGGUAUGGAAGAGUGUAUAAAGGCACUUUACCAGACAAAACAGUUGUUGCCAUAAAACGUGCAGAAGAAGGAUCUUUGCAGGGGCAAAAAGAAUUUUUUACAGAGAUAAAGCUUUUGUCAAGGCUGCAUCACCGAAAUCUAGUUUCCUUGGUUGGAUAUUGUGAUGAAGAAGGGGAACAGAUGUUGGUAUAUGAGUUCCUGCCCAAUGGUACCUUGAGGGACUGGCUUUCUGCUAAAUCUAAAAGAAGCCUAAAUUUUGGAAUGAGAUUACGUAUUGCACUGGGUUCGGCCAAGGGAAUUCUUUACCUCCAUACUGAAGCACAUCCUCCGGUAUUCCACCGGGAUAUCAAAGCUAGCAACAUUCUUCUUGACUCCAAACUUAAUGCAAAAGUUGCUGAUUUUGGUCUCUCACGUUUAGCUCCAGCCCUGGAAGACGAGGGAGCUGUGCCAGAUCAUGUGUCCACAGUUGUGCGGGGAACACCAGGCUACCUUGAUCCAGAAUACUUUUUGACCCAUAAAUUGACUGACAGAAGUGAUGUUUAUAGCCUUGGAGUUGUUUUCCUGGAGAUGUUGACGGGUAUGCGACCAAUAUCACAUGGCAGAAACAUUGUCCGUGAGGUGAAUACUGCUCAUCAGUCCGGCUUGAUGAUGUCAAUAAUAGAUGGUAGAAUGGGGUGUUAUCCCUCUGAAUGUAUCGAGAGAUUCGCAGGGCUAGCUUUGAGUUGUUGCCACAACAAGCCAGAGAAGCGUCCAUCAAUGUUGGAUGUGGUAAAGCAGCUAGAGUACAUACUGACAAUGAUGCCAGAAACUGAAUCGGUUUCAUCAGAUUUGGUUUCCUCGUAUCCAAAUUCAGGCAAGUUGCUAUCAUCAGCAUCAUCUUCCGCCUCCUAUGUUUCAACAUUGAAUGUUUCAGGGAGUGAUCUUAUCAGUGGCGUUAUUCCUUCUAUCAAACCUCGCUGAGCUGACAGACUAAAUCCAUAUGUGCAUCAUCUAGUAUUCUCUCCAAUAUGUUUUCCUUCAUUCUUGCCUACUGUUUGUUUGUUUUUGGUAGGAGGGAGCGGGUGAGAAAAUGAGAUUAGAGGACCAUAAUGAAAAUUGUGGUGUGAUUUAUUGACAUGUAAUGUAAAGUAAAUAUUAUACAAGACUUUCAUCUCUAAAAACAAUUUCCGUAA